AUGGAAUCGAAGAGGUUUGUGAAGUAUCUCUCUGACUCCAUUGCAAACCUAAGCUCGAUGAUAAUGAGCAUAUCUUCUGGCACCCGUGCUCCAGUUGAAGAAUCUGCGGUUCCCCUAAGUUCAAUAAACAUGAGCGAAGAGAUGCAAGACUACAAGAGUGCGUCUGGCCAUUUAGACGAGGAGGUCGUUGUGAUGAAGAGAUCGGAUCAUGAGAGGUCAUGCUCUGAACUAGCCUCCAGCAAAACAAUGAUAGAGGAUCUUAAGAGGAAGGAGGAGGAGUACAGCCGAAUGCUGAAGAACUACGAUGCGACCCUUACGUAUGUGCUUGAAAGAAAUGAAAAGGAAAAAGCUCUUCUAGAAAGCAUUGUCAUGAAUGAAGAGAUAGAGAGGCUGAGGUCUAAUGAGUACAGGCUCAAGAGCUAUAUCCAGGCAUUAAAAAGAGAUCUGUUUGCAAGUGAAGACAAGAUAGAGGCACUUCAGAGAGUGAGCAACGAAAGAAUAGAGUUUUUGGCUGGGAAAGUUGAAGAGAUAAAGGGGAUGUAUGAGGAGGAAAGGAAGAAGGUCUCCAGCUUAAGCAAAAAGUUGAGUGAACUGGAGAGUGACUUUGGAACAAAAUGCGAGGAAAUGGUUGAGCUAGUGGAGUACUGUAAGUAUUUGCUGCGAUGA